AUUAAAAACUACAACUCGCUUCUGCGCGAGUCAAACCAACCGAGGUAUUUAUUAAUUUACUCCAACAGCUUCACUUUCUGGAAGGAAUGAAUGAGGACGUUUUGAUAAACGAGAAAAACUACGUCAUAAAGAGAGGACUGAACAGCCAAUCACAGGAGAGGACACUAGAUCUCCAUGGUAACCGCGGAUCGUUUGGGGAAGGGCAGGUGUUUGUUGUUUCCAGGUGAAGAUUAGAAGUGUCGUCUUUUGAAUAAGGAACUCUGUGUGGUCGGUGAUGGCCGGGACAGCCAGAAAAGAUCGGGAGAUGGCGAUGAACGCCAAGCGCCAGCUGGGGGAGUGUUCGGACCCGGUGGAGAGGCUCCGGCUGCAGUGUCUGGCCCGAGGGUCGUCUGGGAUCAAAGGGCUGGGAAGAACCUUCAAAAUAAUGGAUGAUGACAACAGCCGCUCCCUGGACCUGAAGGAGUUCCUGAAGGGUUUGAGUGAUUACGGGGUCCAGAUUGAGAAGAAAGAAGCCAUUGAUCUUUUUCAAAUCUUUGACAAGGACAGGAGCGGGACCAUCGACUUUGACGAGUUUCUCCUUACGUUGAGGCCAGAGAUGUCGAAGGCCAGGAAGGAGGUGGUGAUGGAGGCAUUUCGGAAGCUGGAUAAGACAGGUGACGGGGUGAUCACUGUCGAAGACCUGCAAGGGGUUUAUAACGUUAAGCACCACCCCAAGUAUCAGAACGGGGAGUGGACAGAGGAUCAAAUCUUCAGGAAGUUUCUGGACAACUUUGACUCUCCGUAUGACAAAGAUGGAAAGGUGACCAAAGAAGAGUUCGUCAACUAUUACAGCGGCGUCAGCGCCUCCAUCGACAGUGACGUCUACUUUAUUCUUAUGAUGAAAAACGCCUGGAAGCUCUGACUCGCGUCAGAGGACAAGAAAAACAAACCGGCAUUAACUGUGAGAGUCAAGGAAAAAUCCAAGAAAACAGAUGAAAUGCUUUUAUUAUAUCUGGCACAUUCAGACUUGAAUGAGAUAAAAAAAAUCACUUCAACACGUUUCAGCGUCCAGUUUUUUUUAAGGAAGUACAAUGAAGGCAUUGGAUUGUCUCACAAGCACAUUCGUUACUAUAAAGAGCUCUAGUUAGCUAAAAUGAAAAUAGAAAUGAUCAGUUUACUGUUGCCACGGUUGUAUCAUUAAAGUCAGGUUAUCAAGCUAAGCUUCAACCAGACUAGCAAGCUAGCACAACGUAGUGAGCUUUUUCAUUUAAGCUAAAACAAAAGAAACAAAACAAAAUUGAUCUCUAAUAUAAAAUUUGAGACCUCCUGUGUGGAUAUACUACAUGCACAUCAUAUACUACAUAACAUAUUAUCACAAUGAACACAUGUAUCUAACUAUAACAGUGGAGCUCAGUCUACUUACCAUGAAACCAUGAGGCUACUGCAGACUGGUGAUGGUGUGUAAGAAUUUACCCUAAAGUCUGCAGAAUAGCAGCGAUAGAUGGUGCUCAUGUUACAGAAAAAGCCUGUCUCGUAUGGAAACUACUGGCCAAAAAAAAGUUACCUUUUAAUUGCAAGUGGAAUUAUUAACUCCGCUACACUGGGACAUUGUUUCCCAUUUAUAGCAGCUAUUUGUACUAUUUUUCAAGCCAUUUGAUAACAUGCUUAAAGAUAUGUACGUCAUUUAUAAUACAUGAUAGUUGCCAAGGAAAAACUGAAUUUUAUUAUAACAACAAAGUGUGCAUGAGAUUUGUGGGUACCCAGAGAACCAUUUUCAUUCACAUAACUGGAGGUCAGAGGUCAACAGACCACUUUGCAAAAUGUUUUUUUUUUCUCAACAAAAUGUGGCCUAACUUUGGAGCAUUAUUCAGCCCCCUUCCCAACAAACUAGCAUUCAUUUGUUUUGUUCAUAUAGAUUUAGUUAUUAGGACAAUGCACAUUAAUCAACAUUUCUGUAAAUGGCUAAUUUACUAAAAGGUAAAAUGCCUUCAUCCAACUUCCCGAAGAAGGCUGAAAGCCAAAACAGGUUAAAGUGAUGUUUUUAAUCUUAUUCUAGUUCGAAUGUGUCAGAUGUAGUUAAGACAUUUUACUUUUUCUUUGUAAAAAACGAAGGCCUUGGAGUUUUUCUUGUUGCUCGUUGGAUUUGUUCGUGCCAAAGAGCACCGUCUUAAUUUUCAUAAAGAUUAGUUCCAAGAAGCUCUCCAGUUCUUUGGUUUUUCAUUGUCAUUACCUGUGUUGUAGGGAACUUUACAUUGUCCUUUAAUAAUAAUAAGUUUUAAUUUUGUUGAGUGAAUACGAUCGAGCUCUUUCUUCCAGCUGUAAUUAAUCCCAUGCUUUCAGAAAUGAAUUCUUCAAAUAAAUGUACAAUCCUAGUUUAGAGAGAGAUUUGUUGCUGUUUUUAAAAGUUGAAUAUUACCUUAAUUUUGUAGGUGAACACAAGGCAACAGUUUGAUUUAACAACUAUUAUAUUUUAUUGUACAAUUAUAUGCAGCACAAUACGCUUUGUUAAAAUAAAAACAUUGGUACAAUCAGA